CAGGCCCCUUCACCCUACUUUAGGGCUUUAGCAUUUGGACGCACCUUCAAUAUAUUAUCUGGUUUUAUGCUGACUUUAUGUCACCCUACUUGCAGCUGCUAAGCUCAUUUUCAGUCACUCCACUUUUUUAACCCUGAAAAUUCUACAUAGCUUCACUCCCUCCAUUGAACAAUCUGAAAGACACUUCUCAUGGAUCUGCAGUCAUUUCCAUCUUCUUCCUCGCUUCUCACUCUCAGCUUCACUCUUUCUCUGCUGAUACUUGCUCGAGAUGUGUACGGAGCGACAUUCACGUUCGUUAACAAAUGCGAAAGCACAGUAUGGCCUGGGAUUUUAUCAAAUGCAGGAAGCCCCACCCUAGAAACCACUGGAUUUGAGCUUCCAAAGGGCUCUUCACGCACAUUCAUGGCGCCCACCGGGUGGUCCGGCCGGUUCUGGGGCCGGACUGGGUGCAAAUUCGACGGAUCCGGGUCCGGGUCUUGCGCAACGGGGGACUGUGCUUCGGGUCAGCUGGAAUGCAAUGGCGCCGGAGCUGAGCCGCCGGCGACUUUAGCAGAGGUCACCCUCGGCACCGUCGGGCAGGACUUCUAUGACGUCAGCCUGGUCGACGGCUACAACCUGCCGCUGGUGAUGGAGGCUUCCGGCGGGUCGGGUAUGUGCGCCACCACCGGGUGCGUGACGGAUCUGAACCAAAUCUGCCCGUCGGAGCUCAAAACGGGUAACCGGGUGGGUUGCCGGAGCGCGUGUGAGGCGUUCUCGAAGCCGGAAUACUGCUGCAGCGGCGCGUACGGUACACCUUCCGCCUGCAAACCGUCGGUGUACUCGCAAAUGUUCAAGUCGGCCUGCCCCAGGUCCUAUAGCUACGCUUACGAUGACCCGACCAGUACGUUCACGUGCAGCGGUGCAGAUUAUACGGUGACGUUUUGUCCUUCUGUUCCCAGUCAAAAAUCUUCAAAAGAUUCUACACCAGUGACGACGAGCACCCAGGCUGGCGGGUCCACUUCCGGGUCGGAGAAUAUCGACCCACCCGCAGAGCCUGCGACAAUGGUUGCGGGUCCGGAUAUGGGGAUAGAUUAUGAUGGGUCAGGAGACUCAGGACAAACCAAGAGUAGCAAUCCGGAGACAACGGUUGCGGGUUCGGGUACUGGUACGGGUAUGGGUAUGGGGAUAGAGGAUAAUUGGGCAGGACAGACAAGGAGUAGUUCCACCACGGGCGGAUCCGGGUCUGGAUCUGAGGCCUUGCUUGAUGGUGGGUCAUAUGAAGCUGGGUUAGCAAUGGGCGGGUCAAGUCGGGUUUGGGCUACCAAAACUUCGCAGUAUGGUGUCAUUGCAUUUACCUUAUUGACCCUCUUCUUUAACUAUUUUUUUAUUUAGGUCCUCUUAUUAAUAUCUAUGGUAGUAGAAGUAUUGUAGGAAGAAGAUAUGGUUUAAUUUGAUUUUAGUACUGCAUUAGUAUUAUGUUUUGCAUUAGUUGUGUAAAUGUAUGUUCUUUGGGUUUGUAGCUUUAUAAAACUGAUUGCAUUUACGCUUAAAAAAGUGAUCGUAUUUAUGUAAUUGUGGAUGUGAACGUUAUAUGUAUGUUCCUAAAAGAGACGGUUUUAGAGUUAAAAAGGGCGUCAUCU